CCGUUCAAGUUGCCGCCAUACCGUCAAGAUGGCCAAAUCCAAGAACUCGUCGCAACACAACCAGAACAAGAAGGCCCACAGGAACGGUAUUAAGAAGCCGAAGACUCACCGUUACCCAUCCCUCAAGGGCACAGACCCCAAGUUCAGAAGAAAUCACAGACAUGCUCUUCACGGAACCAUGAAGGCAUUGAAAGAGGUUAAGGAGGGCAAGCGGGACUCUGCAUAAAUGGGACAUGCAUAACAUCGGCUUUUAACAAAAAGAACGGGGAUUGUUUUUU